GAGCCGUGAUUGCAAUGAAAUAAACAAUCACGAGUAUAAGAGCCGUUAUUUGCAGUGAUAGAAGACAAUCGUGACAUCAACACAAUUACAAUAGUUUAAUGAUUGUUUUGCAGCUAUGUUCAAUCAUUUGUUUAACAACGCAUACAUGAAGCGCACAGUGGCCGCUGUCGCUCUCCUGCUACUCGUCUACUGCGUCAUUGAGACCAAUCGAGUUGUACAGGAAUCUUCCAUCUCCACCAACCUCGCCGAUGUGGAAAAUGCCAGGUUCCUGCCGCCAGCCCCACAUAAACUUGUUGUUGCCAACCAGUUGCUGAAUUUGAUCCUCAACGUCACGGGGAUAAACAACACAAAUGUCGUCAAAUUAAUGAAAGAAACUUUAACUGAAACUGAAGAAGACUUGACGGAGAACCUGGUCAUUCUUAAGGAAUUCGCAGAAAAAUACGCAUGCGCAACCUGCGUCGACUCCCGCCCGUUACCGAAGACCGCGGUCGACAUUCGCGUACGUCUUGCAAGCACGGGCACGUGGCACGGAGUACCGGCGCCCGUUAUGACGUUCCGACCACUCGGGAGGCUCGGUAACCUCAUGGGUGAAUACGCAUCGCUGUACGCAUUGAAGAAUUACAGCGUAACGAGUUUCCUGAUGCCAUCACUGCACAAAGACGUCAAGGACGUGUUCAAGAGACUGUCCAUACCUUACCUGAACAAAUGUAUUAACACGGAAGGAUAUGCCCAAGCCUGUCCUCCUUGCAGUGGCAUACUGUGCAGGAUUGGGAUGACUUCCAAGAAAUUGGGUAUCCCUGUGCCCAGCAUGUUUGAAGACAAAGACUGGAUCUCAAUCGGCGGUGACUUCGGCUGGGUUGAGUACAGCUACCAGGCGCAGCAACUUGCUGCCGCUGGCUUACUGGGGCCUCAUGCUUUUAUAAUGGAAGAUUAUCCUCUAGAAAUAACUUCCUUCGCUGCGUACCGAGAUGAACUUCGUAAAGAAUUUGAAUUUCUUGAUGAAAUUCAGAAAAAGGUCUAUGACCGCCUCGCAGCAGUCGCCGCCAGCGCUACGAAGGAAGAUCCGUCUAAACCUUUGGUCUUCGUGGGCGUUCACGUCAGACUCACUGAUUACCCGCACCACAUGUCCAUAUUAUUCUCCGUGGACGAUCUGGACAAGUCCUACGAAGGAUAUCUUCGUCGGGCGUUCACAUUUUUUACGGAUAAGUUCGACAACGUCGUUUUUGUCGUCGCGUCGGAUGACGUCGUCGCCACCGCUAACAUGACGAAAAAACUUGCUUUUCCGAACACUUUUGUGUCGCAAGGUGAGACGGAAGUCGCAUGA